AUGGCUCCGCCUCAGUCCAACGACAAGGGCCUGCGCUCCGAGGGAAUCCUUCCCGCCGUGGGCGUGGGAGCUGCUGUGUACUUUACCCUUACCACCGUCUCUUUGGGGACAUUGGGCUUGGUCGGUAUUGGUGCUGGCGUGGGCUACGGCGUGGGGAGUUGGGCUAUGGACCGAUUCCGCGAGAAGAGGUGCGAGAAGAAGAUGGAUCAACUUCCCCAGGAGCUGAAGGAAGGUCUGCGGCAGUGGCAGGCCUUCUUGGCCUCUCGGCAUCCCGGACAGCCGAACCCGGCAGAGGCCGAGGCCCUCUUUGCUGAGUUUGCGCAGCUGCAACCUUUUUAUGCGCAGCAGGUGCACCACUUUGUGCACGCGCACGGUGGCAGCACG